AUGGCUUUCAACCGAAGAGGUUCCAAUGCCUUGCGCUCUCACGAGUCAGCCCGUGCGAGCUUCGUGUACGACGAGAAUAUCGACCAACACGUCGACAGCCUGCAGGGUCAGCCGGCAAACCCGCUCCAGUAUGGGCGGUCGCCGGCAGUCAGCCGCGCCAGCAGCCUGCGGGUCAGCACCAGCGCCGGCAUGACAUCAACACCCCCCAGCCCGCUGCCCAGCGCGAACCGCCAAAGCUUUUUCCCUUCCACGCCACCUCCAUUCUUGCCAGGCAUGUCGAGCCAGGAGUCCAUCGACAGGCGAAGCUCCAGCAGCAGCACCGCCGGGGUGCCGCCCGCUGUCCGCCGGCCCCUGGGGCUCCUCCGCCGCGUAACCUCGGGCACACGAACGCUGUACGAACGGCGGAAGGAGAAGGAGGCCGACGCGCGACGCGUGCCGCCAUGCCCGCGCCACGAGACGCCCAGGUGCGCCCAGGACCUCCACUGGGUGGCGGGCGCGGACUUCGCGGUGCCGCAGCCGCAACGCGAGGAUGGGCUGGCGGUGCAGGCGCUCACCUAUGACAAGCUACGGUUCGACCCGGACUCAGACCCGCUGAUAGGGGCGGCCGAGGAGCGGGGUUUCCGGUACCGCGAGCCCCGGAACCACUGGUUCCACUACUGCAACACGUGCAAGCUGGCCUUCCUCAAGGGCAGCGCAGGCAAGGCCGUGGCGACGCACCCGGGCCACCUGGCCGAGGCGGACGCGGGCCAGGGCUUUGGCACGCGCGCGGUCGCGGUCUACGUCGACGCGACGCCCGGGUACGGCGACGGGCCGAAGUGGUCGAUCUACUUCGGGCCCAAGUCGCCGUACAACGAGCAGAGCAGCCCGGCGGGCAUCCUGCCGGUGCAGGUGGAGCUGCGGGCGAUCUGGACGUGCCUGACGCAGGUGCAGAACCGCGUCGUGACGGCGCAGCAGGAGCGCGUCCGCGCCAAGCUCAAGACCAACAGUGCGGACUUCGCGCUGGCGGCGCAGCGCUUCUCGCUGCUGGUCUUCACGCCGCUCAAGUCGGCGCUGGCGCUGUGCGCGGACGAGGCGGACCGCGUGCUCGAGCACGUCCAGCAGGAUUCGGAGACGCCUGGCCCCGCCGAGGCCGCCUUCGCGUACCCGGAGCAGACGCCCGACUGGGUGGCGGCGCGCCGCGCCAGUGCCGAGUGGCGCGAGGAGAAGGCUCGUGUCGAGCUCGCGGUCGUGCAGCUCGCGGCUGUCGGCGUGCAGGUCCGCUUCUACUACACGCCGGUCGAGGGCGAGUACGCACCUGAGUGGAAGGCGCUGGCGUCGGCGGGUAGCUUCGCUUAG